GAAAUUUAAAUUUGAACAGAUGUUAGCUUGGACCAGAGAUAGAAGAAUCUAAACCAAUAGUGCGUUUUUAUUUAAAAUUUCGUGUUUUUAUUUUCUAAUUAUACGUAAUAGUAUUACGCUGUGACAAUAGUAAAUACAGGGAACAUGGAUCCGUUCACAGAGAAACUUCUAAAAAGAACUCAAGCCCGCAGAGAAAAUCUUCAGAAAAAAAUGGCUGAUAGGCCCAUGGCAGCGGCAAGACCAGUUGCAAAAAGAGCCAGGGAGCCUUUUGCAGAAACAAACAACCAACCACUGCAGCUUGCAGAGGAAGUACAACCUUCCACCAAACAAUCUCCAUCAAAAAAAAGAUGUUCAGACAACAAAGUAGUUCCUGCCUUUGGUGUAGAGAACAGGCUACCUGAUUCUCUGCCUGAACCAUCUGAAACGGCUAGCAAGCCACCAGAAGCUCUUAUAAGCAGCGUUUCAACAAUAACUAAGUCUGUUGCAGCAAUUGAAAAGAGGGGAGAUAACGAUGUAAAAUGUACAAGUCUUGCAAGUACUUCAGUGAAAUCCCGCUUGCAGAAACUGGCAAAACAGAGACGAUACUUGGACAAUGAUGAUCCUACCUUGGAAAGCGCACACCUUUCACCUGUGAGAUCUCCGAAGAAGGUACCCUCACCUCCUAGGCAGACAGCCAUUGCUCCAUCAUCUGAGACUCCAGUGGGAAGAAAAGGCAGAUUAGCAAACCUUGCUGCCACAAUUGGCUCGUGGGAAGAUGACGUAAAUCAUCCAUCUGGAAAAAGAAACAAUGUACAAGAACAGCCUGGUACCACUUGUUUGUCAAAACAAUCCAUUACAAAUGGAGCAUCUGCUUGUGCUAGCAGCAGUAAUGUAAAGCCACACACUAUAUCCUAUUUUCAAAAGACUACUGAAGCACCAGUGAAUAAGCCAGUCCUUUCUGCUCAACAGGGUUCAGUGCAUUUGCCAGUUAAGUCGACCCAAGAUUUUUCACCAAGUCCUAAGAAAACCGAAAUACCAAAGCUACAGUCACAGUCAGGUAGACAGAUUCCUUCCAGUCCCCAGAAAAUCGAGAGAUCCAAACCACUGGCUACACUACAGUCAGGGCAAAAUACUGCACACAGCCCUCAGAAAAACGAGGCACCCAAAGCACACGCUCCAUUUCAGUCAGGAAGAGUAUCAUCUCCCAGUCCUAAAAAUACUGAGGUAAAGGCACCGCAGGCAACCAAAACAGCUUCAACAGUCCUCCAGGCAAGAGAACAGUUAACCAAAGAAACUCAUGUUCAGCAACAGGAGAAGGAUACAUCAUCUACACCAGGUGAAACUGGCAUUAAAUCUUUCCGUGAACGUUUUGGAGAACGUUGCCAGGAGCGCACAACCCAGAGUCCUCCUUCAAGUACCUUGGGACAAAGAAUAAUCAUUGUUGCACCAAAUACAAAGACAGUGCAAGAACGAUUAUUAAAAGCAAAGCAAUUAACAGCUACUACAGGUGAUCUAACUCAACAGAAGAGACAGGAGCGUGAAAACGAACUCGCGUCAAUUCGUAAUCGUUUCCAGAAGGGGAACAUGUGGGCUUGCGACAAGAAAGAUGAAAGCUCGGAUACAAAGCUUCUGCAAACUAAAAAGAAUGCUUCUGAAAUACAAGAGGUUCAAUCUUCUGAGCCCCAGCCGAUGAAAUCUUUUCCUGCAAAAGGCAAUGAAUCUGAGGGUUCAUAUUUAAAAUCUUCAGGAUCAAGUUCUUCAGGUAAGGAUGAAGUGGUGCGUGAAAUUGAGUUGAAUGUGGAUGAAGAAGAGAUCAACAGUUCAGAGUUCACUGAUGAUCUGUUUGAUGGUGGUCUGGAGGAGGAGCAAAAACAAAGUAAGAAGAGCCCAAAAAGAGAAAUGCUUUUGUUUGAAGUGGAGGAGAAUGACAAACUAAAUAUGUCCUCGAUGUCACUUCCCACACCCUUAGCUGAGACUGUUAAUGCAGUAGUGACAAGUCCAGAGAUUUUGGUUCCAACCAGUAUAUCUCUUGAGCUUAGUGAACUGCCUGAUACAAGUAGACCCAUUUUAUUCCAGAGGGCUCGAGUGCCCCAUGCAGAGUUUGCUGACUCUAUUGAAUCGGUUGGAGAUGAGCAUAACCUUUUGUACAGUAUUGAUGCUUAUAGAUCGCUAAGAUUUAAGGAAACUGAACGUCCACAAGUUAAACAAGUGAUUUUUGGCAGAGAGGAUGUUUCCCAAAAACUAGAAGAGAACAGAAAUACUGGCCAAGCGAAUAUCAAACAAAAAAUGAAGAUUCUGAAUGAUGAGAUAAAUAUGCAACAGACUGUGAUUCAUCAGGCCAGCCAGGCUCUAAACUGUUGCACAGAUGUAGACCAUGGGAAGGGGUCCCAAGUGGAGGCUGAAGCGGAGAGGUUGCUUCUUGUUGCCACUGAGAGAAGAGUGGCUUUGCUUGCAGAGAUGAAUACACUUAAGAAUGAGGGACCUUCUUGCCAAAAGGCCUCAAGCACAGUUAAAGCACAAGACAGUUCUGCUUCCAAAGGGUCAGUAGCACUGUCAGAAAUACGCCUGCCUCUGAAAGCAGAUUUCGUUUGCUCUGCUGCCAAUAAGCCAGAUGCAGCAAACUAUUAUUUCUUCAUAAUGAUCAGAGCUGGAGCCAAAAAUACAUUUGCCACACCAUUAGCCAGUACCCAGAAUGCAUUGUGUGGAGAUGCCAUCUCAUUCCCGAACAAGUUUACAUUACCAGGUGUGUCAAGUGACUUUGAAAUAGAUAUUCAAGUUUACAGUUUGGUGCAAAGGCAGGACAUAUCAGCUGACAAGAGGAAAAAAGGCAACAAAUCAAAGGCAAUUACACCCAAGCGACUACUUACUUCGAUCACUAAGAGUAACAUUCAAACACCAGUUCUGACCAGUCUUGGAGGCCCCAGUGCAGUUCGUACCAGUCAUUUUGUCUUGGUUGGAUCCCACAAACUAACUCUCUCUUCUGCUGGGAAAAAUAAAUUUACACUGGAUAAGGUUCCAUUUUUGUCUCCUCUGGCAGGUCAUAUUUAUCUGAAACUUCAAUGUCAGGUUGGAUCGUCAAUUGAAGAACGAGGGUUUUUGACAAUGUUUGAAGAUGUAAGUGGAUUUGGAGCUUGGCAUAGACGAUGGUGUGUACUCUCAGAAUAUUACAUCUCGUACUGGACCUACCCUGAUGAUGAAAAGCACAAGAACCCAAUUGGUCGGAUAAACCUUUCUAAUUGUACAAGCAAGAAGAUUGAUCCAGCAAACAGGGAAUUCUGUGCUCGCCCCAAUACGUUUGAAUUAAUCACAGUGAGACCUCGGUGUGAAGGUGAUAGAGAAACACUGGUUAGCCAGUUUAUGGACACAAUGUGGGUUACCAAAACCUGGCUGUCUGCAGACACCAAGGAAGAACGUAACCUAUGGAUGCAGAAACUGAAUCAAGUUUUAAUUGACCUGCGCAUGUGGCAGCCUGGUACCUGUUAUAGGCCUCUUUGAGGAAUAAGCAGAUGUUUUUUAUUUCAUAUAAAUACCAUUGAAAGAAAAAUGUUGCAUUCUGUAACUAAUGAAAAUCAAAUGCUAACUCUCAUGAGCAAUAAUUACCAGACUUCUAUUUUAAAACUAAUCAUAGUGAAACUUUAUAAACAAGUAAUCUGAUAUUACAUUAAUUCAGUUUGCCCCUCCUAGAUUUUUCCCAAAGGUGUUCCUGUUUUUAUGAUGGGAUCAAUGUCUUGAAAGUAAGUUUAGUUUGUCUGAUUACUUUGUUGCAGCAUUCUGUCGGCAUAUUGAUUGAAGGGCCUUACCCAUAGUCAUACAUGCAUCACAUGAGCUGCAGUACUGGUCAGAUGUGAUUCGCCACUAACACUUAAAAUAUAUAUAUAUAUAUUUAUAAUUUUUUUAAUGUCUAUUAAUGCUUUAUUUUAUUCUUUACAUUGUCUAAUUGUAUAAUACGUUGAUAUGAGCGAUUAUAAUAACACCUUAUUAAGCUUAUUUGUCACAGUUGUCACUGUGUGUAAUCCAAUUAGUUUUUUCGGUUUUAAACUCAUUUUGGUUUUACUAAAAAGCAAUUGGGUGUCUAAAACAGCUGGAAAAGCUGAACUUAUCAUAUCCGACUUGCAUCCCAUCUUUGACUGUUGGAAAAUUAUAUUGUACCUCUUACUUAAGUCGACAGUGUUAGAAAAGUUUACACUCUGCAGCAUAGUUUAAAAUGUUCACUGAAAGUUGCUGAACUUAAGAGCAUGCUUUUUCGUUAUAAGCUCUGUGCUCUUCUCUCAGCCAUACUUCUUGUGGUACUCUAAGUAUAUUAGGCAGGCUAAAACAUACCUAGAUGUUGUGUCUGUAUAUCAACCUUAAAUAUUUUUGUUGGUAAAUAUGGAUUAAGUACACAGGUUUGUAAGCCUGUUUUGAGGUCAUCUUUUAAAAAUGUACAGAACAGUCUUGCUACACCAUAUUGGGUGCGUUAAGUAAGUGAGCCGCUCAUUGAAAGAACCAACUUAACGGCAUGCUCAGCUCCGCUCCCUCUGAGCAGCUCUGACUCUGCAGCGCAGACAGAUUUCAUCGGUGAUCUGAGUGAGCAGAAAAAUUCUUGCUCCGAGCCGCUCAGUUACUUAACACACCCAUUGUGGUGUGUAUGGUUUCAUGUAUGUUUGUUGGAGGUAGGCAGUGGCAUGACGGACAUCACACUAUGUACAUAAAUAAUGAUGUCUGAAUUUACCAGGAAAAUACUAAAUCGAAAUUUUAAGUUAAACUAUUAUAAAACUUUUGCUGCUAGAUAUUUAUUAUAUGAUGCAGUUUAAAUAAGUAUAAAUAGUUUUAAAUAAGCUUAAAUAGUUAUUUUGCCCUAAAUAAACUGCUCUAGCUAAACAGCUACUCCAUUUUAACACUAGCAAACAUUUAAACUUCUUUUUAACUGUCAAUUUAUGUUUAUAUAUAUAUAUAUAUUCUUUAUUUUAAAAACAAUUUUCGUGUUUUUUUUCUACAAUUUCUUAACAGUUACACAAAUUAAGAUUUUGUGAAAUAAAAUCAUGCUGUUCUGAUAACAGCCUUGUUAAGAACAUUUUAUUUACGGCAAUGCCAAAUGAAACAAGUCCUUUAGUGCACAGAGGUUAUUGUAUUAUUCCAUCAAGGAUAGUUUGUAUUGUCAUCUGUAUUUUUGGAUUGAAAGUUCUGAAAUUUGGAAAAUUUUCUUGGUUUAAUUGUUUUUUUUAAAUCCUGAGAUAUACAUGGAGAAGUGUUUUUUUAUUUUAAAUCAUCUAGUUAU